GAUUCAUGGAGGAUGACACAUCAAGACAAAAAGAGUCCAUCUCUCUCAGAUCUGUGGCCAAUGGUCUGGACAACACAGGGGCUGAGUUCUUGGAAAGCCUGGAGGAAGGCCAGACCCCCGGCAGUGACUCGAGUACUGCAGAAGGUGGAAGGAGUGAGGCUGGUCCGGAGCCCUCCUCGGGAUGGAGGAUCCUGCAGUCAGCCCUGGGAGUGAGACGCUUCUGCAGGGAGCACAUGCGGCUGUUCCGGUGGAUCUGCAUAGGCCUGCUCUGUACUGCAUUCGCUGCCUUCCUGCUGAUUGCCUGCCUCCUGGAUUUCCAGAGGGCCCUGGCACUGUUUGUCCUCACCUGUGUGGUCCUCGUCUUCCUGGCCCACAGCCUGCUGAAGAGGCUGCUGGGGCCAAAGCUGCCAAGGCAUGUCAAGCCUCUGGGGCAUUUCCGCCUGAACCUCUGGCUUAAGAGGGGUCUAGCCCUCGCUGCUUUCCUAGGCCUGGUCCUAUGGCUGGUUCUGGACACCUCCCGGCGGCCAGAGCAGCUAGUAUCCUUUGCAGGAAUCUGCGUGUUCAUCAGCCUCCUCUUCGCCUGCUCAAAGCAUCACCACGCAGUAUCCUGGCGGGCUGUGUCCUGGGGCCUUGGGCUACAGUUUAUACUUGGGCUCUUCAUCAUCAGAACAGAACCAGGAUUUAUUGCAUUCCAGUGGCUGGGCGACCAGAUCCAGAUCUUCCUGAGCUACACGGAGGCCGGCUCUAGCUUCGUGUUUGGGGAGGCUCUGGUCAAGGAUGUCUUUGCCUUUCAGGUUUUUCCCAUCAUCAUUUUCUUCAGCUGUGUCAUGUCAGUUCUCUACUACGUGGGCCUCAUGCAGUGGGUGAUCCUGAAGAUCGCCUGGCUGAUGCAGGUCACCAUGGGCACCACAGCCACUGAGACCCUGAGUGUGGCUGGAAACAUCUUUGUGAGCCAGACCGAGGCUCCUCUACUGAUCCGGCCCUACCUGGCAGACAUGACGCUCUCUGAAAUCCACGUUGUCAUGACCGGAGGCUACGCCACCAUAGCCGGCAGCCUACUGGGCGCCUACAUCUCCUUUGGGAUCGACGCCGCCUCCUUGAUUGCUGCCUCCGUGAUGGCCGCCCCUUGUGCAUUAGCCCUCUCCAAGCUGGUCUACCCCGAGGUGGAGGAGUCCAAGUUUAGGAGUGACGAAGCGGUGAAACUGACCUACGGAGAUGCUCAGAACCUCUUAGAAGCAGCCAGCAGCGGGGCCGCCAUCUCGGUGAGGGUCAUCGCUAACAUCGCAGCCAACCUGAUUGCCUUCCUGGCUGUGCUGGCCUUCAUCAACGCUGCCCUCUCCUGGCUGGGGGACUUGGUGGGCCUCCAGGGCCUCAGCUUCCAGCUCAUCUUCUCCUACACCCUGCGGCCUGUGGCCUUCUUAAUGGGCGUGGCCUGGGAGGACUGCCCGGUGGUGGCUGAGCUGCUGGGCAUCAAGCUGUUUCUGAACGAGUUUGUGGCCUACCAGGGGCUCUCCCAGUACAAGCAGCGCCGCCUCGCAGGGGCUGAAGAGUGGGUCGGCGCCAAGAAGCAGUGGAUCUCUGUCAGGGCAGAAAUCCUCACGACGUUUGCCCUCUGUGGCUUCGCCAACUUCAGCUCCAUCGGGAUCAUGCUGGGAGGCCUGACCUCCAUGGUCCCCCAACGGAAGAGCGACUUCUCCCAGGUCGUGCUCCGGGCGCUCUGCACCGGGGCCUGCGUGUCCCUGGUGAACGCCUGCGUGGCAGGGAUCCUGUACAUGCCCAGGGGGGCUGAGGUCAACUGCACAACCCUGCUGAACACGAUCCUCAGCAGCAGCAGCUUUGAGGUGUACCAGUGCUGUCAGGAGGCCUUUCAGAGCAUCAGCCUGGAGUUCAGCGCAGAGGCCCUGGACAACUGCUGUCAAUUUUACAACAACACGAUCUGUGCAUACAACCACAACCCCGCAUAG